AUGGCCGACGAGCAGCCCCGUGGCAUCGACCACACUGAUUCCAUCGAUUCGAAUGAUGGCCCGAAGCAGCCGGACAAGAAGAAGAGCCGUCGCCCUGCGAAUACUGCCUUUCGACAACAGCGUCUAAAGGCCUGGCAGCCCAUCCUCACACCAAAGACUGUCCUGCCUCUGUUUUUCGCCAUCGGCAUUAUAUUCGCUCCCAUCGGCGGUGCUCUUCUAUACGCGAGCGCUCAGGUCCAAGAAAUCCGACUCGACUACACCGAUUGUAUUGAAAAAGCUCCCACCCUUGGCAAGGACGGCGGCGGCUUCAGGGGUAUGCCAGGCAGCGCUGUCAGCACCGCAUUCAAGAGUUCGAACACGUCAGUGAAUGCACAGUGGGCCAAGGAGAGCAACGUCACCGUUAAGCUCGACAAUGGUGUCAGCGUCUCGAACCCUCGAUGCCAUCUCAAGUUCACCAUUCCAGAGGAGAUGGGUCCGCCUGUUCUUUUCUACUACCACCUCACCAACUUCUACCAGAACCAUCGCCGAUAUGUCCUCUCCUUCGAUACCGACCAGCUCAAGGGCCACAAGCGAUCUUACAGCGACAUUCAUAACUCGGACUGCACUCCUCUGUAUGGUGAGGGUAACAAGCCUUACUAUCCCUGCGGGCUGAUCGCCAACUCCAUGUUCAAUGAUACCUUCUCCAGCCCUGUGCUCUCGAACCCUCCCAAGGCCAGCAGCAAUGAUACGUGGGUGUACCAUAUGCAAAACAACACGGGGAUCUCGUGGGACAGUGACAAAGAUCUCUACGGCGAGACCCAGUACAACUACACUGACAUCCUCCCCCCUCCCAACUGGCACGAUCGCUACCCCAAGGGAUACACUAAGGAGACGCCUCCUCCCAACCUCAAGGAAUGGGAGGCUUUCCAGGUCUGGAUGCGGACUGCUGGUCUUCCUACUUUCAGCAAACUGUACCAGCGCAACAACACUCAGGCUAUGUGGUCUGGGACCUAUGACCUGGUGAUUGACUACCGCUUCCCUACUCUUAAGUACAAGGGCACCAAGUCCGUCAUCAUUUCUACUCGAACCGUUGUUGGAGGACGCAAUCCUUUCCUCGGCAUUGCCUACGUUGUUGUCGGCGGUGUUUGUAUUGUUCUCGGCACCGUGUUUACAGUUACUCAUCUGAUCCGCCCCAGAAAACUUGGAGAUCACACUUAUCUCUCGUGGAACAACGCCCCUGGUGCAAAGUCUGGUCCUAGCACUGCCGCCGCUUCGGGUCGCGAACUCCGUCCUGGCGAAGCUUAG